GCAAUGGUUUCGUACAGGCCUCUCAGCGCGGUUUCCUUUGUCGCUUUUCGUCGUUCAGUGGCCGUUUGCAAGUUUGGUGUCAAGAAGUGAAGAUCUCCUGAGAUCUUAGGUCAUCGCUCCAUCUCUGCUAAGAAAUUUACAUCUGCUGAAAUCUGAGGUCAUCGCUCCAAUAACGACAAAAAUGGCAGCGGCUCCCAGCAGCGAGCCGUUGCACGAAAUGCUUUCGGCUGCGAUCUACCUCGAGGAUUAUCUAGAUUGCAUCGAAGAUAUGCCAUUGAGGUUCCAGAAGUGUGUGACCAGUAUGAGAGAAUUUGCUGGGCCCUUGCAGGGUGUAUUGGAAGAUUUGGAGUCACUUGAGCAAGAUCUGCGAGAUAGUGAAGGAGAUGCUGCAGCUCAUGAGAAAUUCAGACAGCAUGCUGAAGCUUCACUCAUCAAGAUGAAGGAGCUGAAUGAUGUGAAACUCCAAUACUUGGAGGAUGCCAUUGAUCUCAUUGAAGACAAGAUAUGCCUCCUGAAGACUGAUCAAAAGAGUCUUGACAUGGGAAAGGAUGGAGAGAAAGGUGAUUCCUUGAAGGAUGUUAUGGGAGAUCGAGGUAAUAAGCGAUCCCGUAGGAGUGCCAGAACUGAUUUCAACCAUGGAGAGACCGGAUCUGAAUCAGGAGUGGUUGAAAAGUCCCCUGCACCUCAUCCAAAGAGGGCAGCAAGACGUAGAAAGAGAAAACAGAAAAUCGAGAAGGAGCCUGCAGAAGAAUCGCCGGGAGAUAUUCCCAUUGAUCCUGAUGAACCAACUUACUGUCUGUGUGAACAGGUUUCAUUCGGUGACAUGAUCGGAUGUGACAAUGACCUGUGCCCUAUUGAGUGGUUCCAUUUCUCCUGUGUCAACUUGAGCUGCAAGCCAAAGGGAAAGUGGUACUGUCCACGGUGUCGAGGCGAUAAACCAACUGUCAUGAAGCCCAAGGCACAGUUCUUGAAGGAACUUGAGAAGUACAACAAGGAGAAGGAAGAGAGGAAUGGCAAGGAGAAGUCAUGAGAGCUUGCCUUUUCAUUUUCUAAAAAAUGAGUUGUAUCUUUCACUGGAAAGGAGUCUAAUGAUUCCAGUGCAGUUGAAGUACAAACACUUUCAUGAACUUGCUUUUGUAAAGUUUGAUAUCAGUUGUUGAUCCGAUACAAUUUUCCUAUUUCUUUACAUGACCUCAUGCCUGGAUGAUUGAGAUUCUUUUCAUGAAGAAUUUCCCUCCAAGUUUUUUAAAGAUAUUCC